AUGGGGCCAGGUCAAUAUAAUCCUCAAACUGAGAGAAAAGGAGGAACACUUAACUUUGGAUCAUACAGUUAACGCAAAAUGGUAUUGGCAUAGGAUACUUUAACUCCUGGACCCCUUCAUUAUACAAUUAAUACUCAUAGAAGUUAAGGUGUUUCCUUUGCGAAUUCUAAAAAAACUUUAUAGAAACCUACUCGAAGUCCUGGGCCAGGGUAUUUUUACAAAAAAUUAGGCAAUAUUUACCUAUAGAAGAACCUCACAGUAGACUUGGAGGAUCUAUAUCAAGAACGUCAAGAAAUAACAAUUUCGAUAAUUAAAUUCCUGGAGCUGGUCAUUAUCCAAUUAAAUCUACAUUAAAUAGUCUAGGCUUUAAAUUUAAAUAAUUACAUAAGCGAGCUAAGACUGAUCAUAUGAGUCCUGGUCCUGGAUCCUAUUCAAUCUUGUAGGAUUCAAUGAAUCAUGGUGUCAAAAUGCAUAACUCAAAAAGAACUUGGUCAUAUAUUUUAAAAACUGAGACUCCAGGUCCUGGAACCUAUUAAAGUGAAAGUUUCAUUUAAAACAGAGUCUCAUCAAAACAUUCAAAAACCUCAUCAAAAGAGUAAUCAAAAAUUCUAAAUAAAUGCUUUUCAUAACAUGAAUCAAAAUAAUAAUCUAAUAAAUUAGGAACAUUUUCUUAAUCUAAAGGGAAUCUUGAUUCUCAUGGAAGUUUAACUUCAAGAUAAAAGUUUAAAUCUAAUCAUAUCACCUAAUAAUAAAAUAUUAGUGAUGCUUAUAAUAGAAUGAGGGAAUAUGGUAAAUUAAAAGUAACUUUCACAAAAUAAGUUAGAAAAGAGGAAUUUCUUGAUGAAUUUUCUAGUAGUAAUCCAAAAAAGAUUAGUAGAUCUCCAGGUCCAGCUAUUUAUGCUGAUAUCAAAUUCAAACCUAAUACAAAAUUGGGUUUUGUACCUACUUCAAAAAAAGGAGAAGUAUUCAAACCAAAAGAAGGACCUGGAGUUGGAGAAUAUUCUAAAAUAAUACCUUUUGGUAAAGUUUACAAUAAACAUAUAACACCAAAGAGAUAAUUUUUUAAAUUUAAAGACCUUAAUUAAUUUGAUUUUGACUAAUGA